CCCUUGCUCACAUGUAAUCUACGGGUGGGUGGGGGGGGGGGGCAGACUUUGCACCCUUGGGUGCACACAGCAGCCGGACAUGUAACUGUGACUAUGUGGCUGAGAGUCGUCUUCACGGUCUUCGUCUUCGUCUCCGGCAGUCAGUCAGUGGUCCUGGCCCCCCACGCCGCCCACGGCGUCCUGGCCCGGGGCCGCAGGGCCAACUCCGGCUGGCUGGAGGAGCUGCAGCGGGGCGACCUGAGGAGGGAGUGUCUGGAGGAGCGCUGCUCCUACGAGGAGGCACGGGAGGUCUUCGAACACACCGAGACCACGGACGAGUUCUGGAGGACGUACAACCUCCCCGACGUCUGUAAGUCGGGUCCCUGUCUCCACGGCGGCAGCUGCUCCCCCCAGGGGGCCUCCUACGCCUGCUACUGCCCCCCCGCCUUCAGUGGACUCAACUGUGAGCACGAGAACGGUGCGGUGCGGGGGAGCUGCCUGCUGGAGAACGGAGGCUGCGAACAUUUCUGCGAUGAAGACGAGAACGGACGAAGACGCAACUGCUCGUGUGCAGACGGCUACUUCCUGCACGCCGACGGACAACGCUGCGUAGCAAGAGAGGAGAUAGCGUGUGGUAUGGUCCCCGUCCUGCUCGGACGGAACAAGCCCGUCUCUACAGCUCGGAUCGUCGGGGGAACCGAGUGUCCCCGAGGUGAAUGUCCCUGGCAGGUUCUGCUGGUGUAUAAAGACAAAGGGUUCUGUGGAGGAGUGAUCUACUCACCAACAUGGAUCCUCACAGCGUCUCACUGCCUGGAGGACACAGAGGCUCAGUUCCUGAAGGUGGUCGCAGGUACGAGUCCCCUCAGU